AUGAAGAGUCUGGUUCUAAUUAGUGUAUUGUGCUUUCUGUGGUUGGAACUUCUGUCGGCCUGGCAAGGCAUGGGUCCCAAUGAGGACUCGCUUCACGAGGCCUUGAUCGCGUACAAGUCGUACGAUGUGGAGGCACGCCGGAAUAGGUUCUACGAGUUGAGCAGCGAACAGUAUAUUUCCGGGGGCUUUGAUUCGACGAAUGAUACUUGUGAUGCUCGGGAUGACCUCGCGAGGGUCAAACGCUACAAUGAUCCCACGUUUCGUGGCAAUCCGAAAACGCGCGAACAAGUUUGGGCCAACAAUUUCGCUCAUGUUAUCAUGAAGGAUCAACAGUCUAUGUCUUUGGUGAAGCUUCUGAUUCGUAUUGUGAACAAAUAUCUGAGUGCUUGUAUACCGAUCAUUCUGUUCGACGUGUACGUAGAACAAACAGAAACGUACGUUAUGGAAUCUCUGUUCAAGGAGUUCCCGACGACCUAUAUCUGUGGCAAGAUAAGUUCAAACUAUACUCUACAAAACCCCGAAUUACUUGAACCAUCAGCUGCAAAGUGCCGUAGCUAUAUCCUGUUCAUAUCGGACGCAAUGAUGACUCGAAAAGUGCUUGGACCUCAGCUGACUAAUCACGUAAUCGUCGUUCCUCGGUCCAGCCAGUGGAAACUACAAGACUUUCUAUCAUCCAAAGAAUCCAGAGACAUCUUGAAUUUGCUAGUUAUCGGAGAAUCGUACUCAACGGAAAAGACAGUGAAUAGUGAAUCAGCGUAUGUUUUGUACACGCACGAACUCUACAUCGACGGAUUGGGCUCGAACCGCCCCAUAGUACUGACAUCGUGGAUCAACGGAAAGUUCUCCCGUCCGAAUGUGGAUCUGUUUCCGCCAAAAAUCCGAAAGGGUUUCUCAGGGCAUCGCUUCACGGUCUCUGCCGCUCAUCAACCUCCGUUCGUGUUCAAGAUCAUGUCUACGGAUGGAGUCGGAAACAUUGCCAUCCGUUGGGACGGGCUGGAGAUUCGAGUGCUGAAGACGUUGGGAAACUAUCUUAACUUCACGUUCGAUAUCAAGGAACCCUCCAAACCGUAUCUUGGGUCAGGAGAUGCCGUUACGGAUGAAGUGGAACGAAAACAAGCCGACAUUGGAUUGGCAGGAGCAUUCGUAACCAUUGAACGGAAUAUCAAGACGGAAAUGUCGGUAGCUCACUCAACGGAUUGUGCGGCUUUUGUGACCCUCAUGUCGUCGUCUUUGCCAAGAUACCGUGCCAUCCUUGGUCCGUUCCAGUGGCCCGUGUGGUUGGCGCUGACCCUGGUCUACCUGUUGGCCAUCUUCCCGUUGGCUUUCUCGGACAAAAUGAGCCUCCGGCAUCUGAUCGGCAACUGGACCGAAAUCGAGAACAUGUUCUGGUACGUGUUCGGCACGUUCACCAACAGUUUGACCUUCACCGGGGAGAACUCCUGGAGCAAUACGAAGAAAACCUCGACCCGGAUGUUGAUCGGAAUCUACUGGGUGUUCACGAUCAUCAUAACCUCGUGCUACACGGGUUCGAUCAUUGCGUUCGUAACGAUGCCAGUGGUUCCGGAUACAAUCGAUUCGGUGGAUCAGCUGCAAAGUGGCUUCUUCCGUUUCGUAACGCUCGAUCGUGGAGGUUGGGAACGGUGGUUUUUAAAUUCCAGCGAUUCGUCGACGGAAAAGUUGAUCCAGCGGUUGAAGUUCGUUUCCAACAUUGACGAAGGCAUCAGGAACGUAACGGAAGCUUUUCUGAUUUCGUACGCCUUCAUCGGGUCUAAAGCCGAACUGGACUAUUUGGUGCAGUCGAACUUCUCCGAUGAAUCGGCCAACAAACGUUAUACACUGCAUGUAAGCAAGCAAUGCUUCUCGUUGUUUGGUGUUUCCUACAUUUUUCAAAUGAACUCAGUGUAUCGGGACAAGUUCAACAACGCCAUAUUAUACAUGCAGGAAGCUGGAAUACUUAGAAAACUGUUCAAAGAUGUUUCCUGGGACAUGCAAAAAACCAAAGAUGGACGUUUUCGUCAGGCUUCGGUAGGGAAGACUCUCAAGGUUCCAACCGCGGGUGAAAAGGGCUUAACACUGGGUGACACUGAAGGUAUGUUCUUGCUGAUGGGUGUUGGAUAUCUGAUAGGAUUGGCUGUGCUCAUUUCCGAAUGGGUCGGAGGUUGUACCAACAAGUGUAGGGAAAUUAUAAAAGCCAGGAAGGAGCGUUUCCUUAGCCCUGGUAGUUCGGUUCCCCAUUCUAACAUGUCAUCCGCCAAUCAAAACUCACCGAGAAAGAGGCGAAGGCCCUCGGGAAAGGAAUACAGCCUGAUGGAUACGGCUGAGAGUGCUUCGACAAAUCCACUGACGCCAAGACCCGAAUUUGGCAGUAUUGGAUCGGAUGGUAGCGAUGGAGGUCUCCAUAAAAGAAGUUUGUCCGAAAGUAUCCACAAUGUCAGUCCGAAUACGUUGAAGGAGUUGUACGACGGUCCGAACCGUAGACAUUCCACCAUCGUUUACAUGGAUGGCAAGAUGAUGUCUGAGGAUGAAGCGCGGCUCUACGCUGCCACCAAUAAGAGCAAACACAAGCAUCAUUCCAGCUUGAGUUCAGUAGUUGAGCAUGAAGUGACCCGGCUAUUCAAAUACCUGGACGACCACAAAUCAACUCAAGAGGAUCUACGGGAACCGGGGGAUAAACGUCAUCAUCAUCAUCACCACCAUCAUCGUCGGCAGCCCUCCAUGAACCAAUCUAUUGAAGUAGAGGCUGAGGUGAACCAUGGGCUGCCGGAGUAUGAAGCAGUACCCAAGCCUGUUCGUGCCCCUAGCCUGGAGGCUCCUUUCGGGGAGAAGUUGUUACAUUGA